CUGCCGCCCCGCCCUCCUAUCCCGGGCUCCGCCGCUAGGGGUGGCGGCUGCGGCUCGGGCCUGAUUGUCACGGCGCGGUUGCUUUGAGGGCGCAGCAGCCCUACCGAGUGAGGCCGGCGUGAGGCCAGAGGGUGGGAAAGCGGUCGGCGGCGGAGGGCGGCGCCGGAGGAGGGCGGCGCGCGGUGACUCAUCCCUCUGGAAGAUCAGACACGCUCGCCGAGCUCGCCCGCGCCGCCGCUCCUCAUCCGGGAGGCGCCCGCCCGCCCGCACCGCCCGCCCGCUCCGAGCUCCCGGCCCGGCCGCGGCGCAGAAAGUUUUCCCGGGCUCACGGCCUGCGGGAAGCGGAGCGGGCACGGCUGGGAGGCGGUCGCCGCGCGGGCCCGCCGAGUGCAUGGUGUCGGGCGCCCGGGCCGCGCGUCAGGAGGACCCGGGGCGGGGCCGGGCUGAGCCCAGCUCCUGAGCCUCUGUCCAGCUGCGCCCCGAAGCCGUCUUCCCUUGGGACCGCUGCGGGGGUCGCGCUCCAGCGCCAUGUCCCGGCUGCUGCCGCUGCUGGGGAGCCGGACGGCGCGCAGCCUGAGGCCCGGCCCUGCCGCCGCGCCCCGCCUGCCGUCCUGGUGCUGCUGCGGCCGGGGACUGCUGGCGCUCGGGGUUCCCGGCGGUCCCCGGCUUCUGGGCACACACCCCAAGAAGGAGCCCAUGGAGGCGCUGAACACGGCGCAGGGCGCGCGCGACUUCAUCUACAGCCUGCACUCCACGGAGAGGAGCUGCUUGCUCAAAGAGCUGCACCGCUUCGAGUCCAUUGCCAUCGCACAAGCGUGCAGAUUUCCCAAGCCUGAGGUGGUCAUUGCGAAGCGCGCGGAGGAGGUGUCAGCAGCAGAGACCCCUGAUAGUUUUGAAAAAUUGGAAGCUCUACCACCCACUCCAGGACAGCUGAGAUAUGUAUUCUUCCACAAUGCGAUACCUUUCGUAGGGUUUGGCUUUUUGGAUAACGCAAUUAUGAUUGUUGCAGGAACCCAAAUUGAAUUGUCUAUUGGAAUUAUCUUGGGGAUUUCAACAAUGGCAGCUGCUGCUUUGGGAAAUCUUGUUUCAGAUUUAGCUGGACUGGGCCUUGCAGGUUAUGUUGAGGCCUUGGCGUCCAGGCUAGGCCUCUCAAUUCCUGAUCUUACACCAAAGCAAGUUGACAUGUGGCAAACACGUGUUAGCACACAUUUGGGCAAGGCUGUUGGGGUGACGAUCGGCUGCAUUCUAGGAAUGUUCCCGUUGAUUUUCUUUGGAGGAAGUGAAGAGGAUGAGAAACUGGAAACAACAAAUUAAUCACCUUAGAACACCUAUAAGAAGAUGUAAACUAAUGUACCUCAUCAUUAACUAUACUGUCCCCACAGUUAGCAGUGAAGACAGUAGCAGUGUAUAGAUACGGGAUCAAAUAACUCAGCAUGUACUAUGGAAACACUAACUUAUUGUGGCUUGGUCUUCUUAAGACAUCUUUUUAAACUUACUUAGUAUCAUUUUAUGUAAAUUGUUGAUGCUUUCCAUCAAUGGCAGUCGACAUGUCAUCUUUUCCUUCUCUGUGUAUCAAGAUAUUAUUUAACUUUCAGUCACUGAUACUGUACUGUACUGUACUGUUCUGACUUGGGUUUGCAUAUUUGUUACAUAACAUGCACGGGAAUACCUAUUUAUGGUUUUAUUUUUAUUUUUCCUAUGGUUAUAUCAAUGCUGCGGUUUCUCCAAAUUAUUUAAGAUGUUUAAUAUCAGUUAACAUUUUAACUCCCUGUCUGGUGGUAUUACUUCUGUGUUAAUUCACAGUGAACAUUUACAAUCAUAUAAAUUCAUUCAAUUUUUAACCUUUCACAUCUAUCCAAAAUGAAGCAGUGUUUUAAGUAUGUCUGAUUCACUUUAAUUUUGAGCCAUGCUGUGUUAAGAGCCAGAGGUUAAUCGGAUGGAACAAUUCUCUGGCCUCCCUUUUACACAAACCAUACAUGCUAACAAGUGUACUUAUCUCUGAUUGGCUCUUUACCUUUAAUUUCCCAACUUUGAACAAUCACACAGUGAAUUCUGGUUUGUGAGAGAAAGGCAGUGCUUGGAUAUGUCCGGUCUCUUAAAAUAGGGAUUAAGAGAGUAGGGAAAACUAAGAAAUUUAUAAUGACAUUUGGAAAUUAGGCUAAAAUAAUUUUUUUUUUAUAGAAAAUGGAAAUUUUCAAGGAGGUUGUGUGGGGUGGAUGAUAAAGUUCCAGUGCUGCCGGGAAGGUUCAGGAAGCAUCAGUUCUAUGGCUUUGGAAAGAGUUUCCCCUGAUGUGUUGUCAUUGUCUCAUGGAACGGAAGGAGCCAAAAUAUCCCAUGCUUAAUCCUAAUCUCAUUAGAUCUUGCUUUGUGACUUUUUUCUGGAUGAAUAUUUUAGAAACAACAUGUAUUUUCUAGUUUGCUACCUAGUCUGUAACACAAGGAGAGGUCCUUUCUCCCUUUGGUGGAUGGUUUUCUUCUUUCGUGGUGGUUAUGCACACAGUUGGUGAAAGCUGUGUGUGUGUGUGUGUGUGUGUGUGUGUGUGUGUGACAGCUGUGUCCUGUGUCUGACCUGAACACCGUCCUGAGAAUCCCGAGCUUUAAUUGCUGAACUGCCCCCCCCCUUUAUCUCAUUUGCUCUACAUGUUAAAAAGUUAUAUGUAGCAGAAUAAUUGGACAUGUGGAAGAGAGAAACUGAAGUUAGAAUUUAAUCCUUGGGGAAUUAAAAUUAUUCAUGUUUCCUAAGUAGAUGGAAAAGAUGAACUUCACGUGACUAUGCUUUCUAAAUCUUAUUUUGGAGUUUUGUUUGCACAUAAUUACUUUGGGCUCCUUUUAAAGAAAAUUUCUUUUCCAUAAGAAAGCAUGUCAUAUAUUGUUUUCUUUGCACUUUGUCCUGUCCAUUUAUCAUAGAAUUUAAGGAAAGAUAGCAUAAAAGUAAAAAACAUCAAAUUCUCAUAUACACAAGUAAUAUUCUCCUUUGGUCAGGCUAGCAUCACAUGACUUGAGGUGGCAGACAGAUUCAUCUUUGCUCACAUGUCCCACGACAGCAAGCACAAGGUUCCAGGUGAAAGGCUAGAAUGCACAUUUUACUUUCUGUGUAGACAUGUGAGUGCUCUUUCCUUCCCUUGUGUAUCGGUGGCAUGUCCUGUCUUUGUUUGUCAGUGCUGUAUUGUGGUGCUUAACUCUUCUUUGUAUUAAAUACCAUCUCCAGAAACUUGUCUUGGAGUUUAGAAAGCACUUUGGAUUGUUGAUUUUUUUUUUCUUUCUCUUGAAAAAGCUCCUCGUCCUUAUUACCAGAAUUUCUGUUAACAGAAUUAUGCCAGUUUUGUUGAAAACUUCACUUAUGGGAGGUGUAACUUUCACACGAAAGACAUGCUAAUUUUCAGUCAAAAUUUUUGAAUCAUAUUUAAUCAAUAAAAUGCUUUCAAUCAUUAUGAUACUUCGUUUUCAAAAGCAGACAAACAAAAUUAAAGUCUCGUUCUCUCGAGCUCUGGCUCUGACCUAACAUGGUACUUUGCACAGUGUGAUUUCUGAAGGUGGCCCCUUUAAGUUAAGGACUCCAUACCACCCGUGUUGAGCGUUUUUCACCACAGAGACUCUGAUGCCAGCUGAAACUGGACUGCCCUCUUUCUCAUAGCAGCUGUUCUCUAUCAGCGUUAGAGCUGCAGCGGACGGCAUCGUGCGCUGCUGUAGUCCUGUCUGUUCAGAAUCCAUGGUGUUUGUGUAUUAUGAUUUAUGGACUUGUUGAUGCAUGUAAACUGGGUGCAUUCUGUUGCCUCUGUAUGUUAAAUAGUGACCAAUGUUUUUACGAAAGAAUUGAACAAAAAAAUAUCUUUUAAGACGUUUGGAAUGUGGUUUUUGAUUUUAAAAUUUGGUUUUCUUAUUAAUCUCAGAGGCGCUGGGUUAUUCUAUGACAGAAGGAAACAGGAUCAAUGAAUAAAUGCAGGUUUGUAAUGA